UAUAGCGUUUCUAAUGUUUUGAUUUGUGAUGGAAACGAUACAAUGGUGACACACGAUUGAUUUGAUUAAAUUUAUAACCCGAGAUUAUUUUUACUUUCAUCUCGUAGAAUCAAAAAUUCCAGUUCGGUAUGCUUGUCGUUCGAAUCAAUGUGAGAAAUGUAGCUUACAUUAUUUUAGCUAUUUUGUUAACAUCAGUAAGGGAAGCUUAUAUGGGUUACGGAGACAGUAUAUCAAAUCAUGCCAUAAAUAUUAAUUCAACUCCUACUUAUGGAAGUAAAAAGAUAGAGCUGUUUGGUUUGUGUCCUGCCGGAACUCAAUGCUCAGAACUAAGUGUUGAAUGUUUGAAUUGUACAUUAGAUUUUAACUGCGUUUAUGGUUCUGUGUACGAAGCACAGUGUUCUGUGAUAGAUCAAGUCGAUUGUAAGGGCGAAAUAAAAUUUAAAAAGCAGUAUAUCUGUCGGUAUUGUUAUCAAACUGAACAUUGGGAGCAUGACUGCUAUCUGAAAAACUCUUGUAGUUCCUUUGCAUCUCCACAGCAAUAUUAUCGAACCAACUGUACAGUUAAAAAUGACAUAUUAUGCUUGGGAAGAAGAACGUUUUGGAAAAAUCUACCUUGUAAUUGGACUGGUGGUUACAGGUGGUCUACUGCCCUCAUUCUAAGCAUAACUCUGGGAGGGUUUGGAGCAGAUCGAUUUUAUUUGGGUCACUGGCAAGAAGGCAUUGGCAAACUAUUUAGUUUUGGAGGACUUGGAGUGUGGACUUUAAUUGAUGUCAUGCUGAUAUCAAUGAGAUAUUUGGGACCUGCUGACGGAUCACUGUAUGUUUAAGUGGGGAUUUGGAUAAAAGUUCAAAGUUUAUUUUUGUCUUGAAAUUCAUCAUAAAACUUUUAUUCAUUCACCAACAAAGUAAUCAGUUUUUAUUUUUAUUCAACUUGGUUCACCAAUGAACCAAGAUAUGAAUCGUUGCACGUAAAUACGAAAGAACAAGUAAAGUAUAGAACAAGCCGCUUAAAUACUUUCUUUUCAUCA